AUGGAUCCCCACACCUUCCUCGCUCUGCGUGAUGCUGAACGCCCCAGCACCACCCCACGUCGCUCUCCCCUGCGCCCCACGGCUUUCUCAGGGUGCCUGAACUGCAGCCACAUCGGGGAGCUGUCAGCACGCCUGGCCACCCUCGAGGCACAGGUGGCCCGGCUCUCAGUGGCAGAAGCUCCCACGUCCCCAACGCCCAAAGGUGACAGCUUGGGUAGGAUUGAUACCAGGCAGCUCUGGGGGUCCCCAGCUGCACAGGGGAGCCCAGGGGACAAAGGCAGACCUGGUUCACGGAGACCCCCCGGCCCCUCUGGUCCCAAGGGUGAUGCAGGUGGACGGGGACCCUCAGGCAUUCCCGGGGUGAAGGGUCCAUCGGGACCCCCAGGUCCCCCAGGUCCCCCCGGUCCCCCUGGCCACGAUGGAGCCAGGGGUCUCCCUGGAGAAAAGGGGUCACCCGGUCCCCCCGGCCCCCCUGGGCCUCCUGCUCCUGUGGGGCCAGCUGUACCCUGGCUGACUGACCCAAGGGACCCGCUCCUCUCCAACACCUUCACUGAAGCGGCCGGGGGCAUCGUGGGGCCCGCUGGCCCCCCCGGACCCAUGGGGCCAAUGGGACCCCCCGGCCCCCCAGGACCCAUGGGGCUGCCCGGCCCCCCAGGGCCUGAUGGGAGAGCUGGGGCACCUGGAGCUGCCGGACCCAGGGGGGACAAAGGCGACAGGGGCCCCAAGGGAGAGCCAGGCAGCCGUGGGCAGGAUGGGGCACAGGGCGAGCCGGGCCCCAAGGGCGAGCCGGGCGACAAGGGCACAUGGGGGGAGGGUUUACACCAGCUCCGCGAGGCUUUGAAGAUUUUAGCAGAGAGGGUUUUAAUCUUGGAAACAAUGAUUGGGCUCUAUGAACCAGAGCCUGGCUCAGGCAGUGGCCCUGGGGGCCCACCAGCACCCAGCACCCCCCGUGCCAAGCGUGGCCGCUCACCCCCCACUCACCAGGCUCUCCCUGGCCAGCCCUAAGAGUGCAGCCCUGCUGUGUCCCUGCUGUGUACAUGGAGGUCCUGGUGCUACCCGGUGGCAUUGCACCGGUCGGACCCCCCAGCUUUGGCCCUGCUGCUCUACACCCCAGUUCUGGGGGGUACGGCCACCCCAAUGCUUGCCACGCUGUCCUGGCACUGCCUGGGCAUUAAAGGUGU